CCGAGCCGCAGAGCAUGGCGCUGAGGGCGCUGCGAGUGGAAGCGGCCGCCGAGGGCUCCAGCACCGAGAGCCAAGCCGGCAAGAAAGGCAGCGCCACCGAGAGUGUCAGCGCCGACGAGGAGAAGGAAAGCAAGGCGGGCGACAGCGCAUCCAAAGAGCCGCCGGAUAACUCCAGAGACCUCUCCAAGUCCCAGAGUGAGGAGAACGAGGAGGAAGCCGAGAUGAAAGCGGUCGCCACUUCACCCGACGGCAGGUUUCUGAAGUUUGAUAUUGAACUGGGAAGAGGCUCUUUCAAAACCGUCUACAAGGGUCUGGAUACAGAGACAUGGCUGGAGGUUGCCUGGUGUGAGCUUCAGGACAGAAAACUUGCAAAGGCAGAGCGUCAGCGAUUUCGAGAGGAGGCAGAAAUGCUUAAAGGAUUGCAACAUCCCAACAUCGUUCGAUUUUAUGACUCUUGGGAAAGUACUCUGAAAGGGAAGAAAUGCAUUGUUUUAGUUACUGAAUUAAUGACCUCAGGAACAUUGAAAACAUAUUUAAAAAGAUUUAAAGUGAUGAAAGCAAAAGUAAUGCGAAGCUGGUGUCGGCAGAUAUUGAAAGGAUUAUAUUUUCUACACACGAGAACUCCACCAAUUAUUCACCGGGAUUUAAAAUGUGAUAAUAUUUUUAUUACUGGGCCCACUGGAUCGGUGAAGAUAGGAGAUUUGGGUCUUGCAACUCUAAAGCGUGCCUCUUUUGCCAAAAGUGUUAUAGGCACACCAGAGUUCAUGGCUCCAGAAAUGUAUGAAGAGCAUUAUGAUGAAUCUGUGGAUGUGUACGCUUUUGGAAUGUGUAUGUUAGAAAUGGCUACCUCAGAAUAUCCAUACUCAGAAUGUCAGAAUGCUGCCCAGAUCUAUCGGAAAGUUACAAGUGGUGUGAAACCAGCAAGUUUUGGCAAGGUCACAGAUCCAGAAAUAAAAGAGAUCAUUGGAGAAUGCAUCUGUCAAAAUAAAGAAGAAAGAUAUUCGAUAAAGGAUCUAUUAAAUCAUGCAUUCUUUGCGGAGGAGACUGGACUAAGGGUUGAGCUUGCUGAAGAGGAUGAUGGAAAAAAAGAUUCAAUUGCUAUGAGACUUUGGGUUGAAGAUCCUAAGAAGCUGAAGGGCAAGCCCAAGGACAAUGGAGCUAUUGAGUUCAGCUUUGAUUUGAAUAAAGAAAACCCUGAUGAUGUUGCACAAGAAAUGAUUGAUUCUGGUUUCUUUCAAGAAUGUGAUGCCAAGACCGUUGCCAAGUCAAUACGAGACAGAGUAGCCUUAAUUAAGUGGAGAAGAGAAAGAUGUCAGCAAGUAAUUGUGAUAAGUGCCCAAAGAGAAACAACAGAAUUGGAAAGACAGAAGGAUUGUUUUCAUCCAGUGACAUGUACACCCCAGUCAGGUCUGCAAAUCCCCUCCGAACUAGAAGAACCUGAAGCCGAUCAACAUGUACAUCAGAGUCUGCUCGUUAGUGUCACAUCUGUUAUGUCUGACAGUACUUGUGACAGUGGACAAGGGUCGACACUUUACUCUGACUCGCAAGGAAGCCAACAAAGUGUAGUGUACCCAUCCGUUCAUGAAUCGAUGCCUCCAAGAGUACAGCAGAUCUUCAGUCCACCUCAGAGUGAUAUUCAAGCACCUUCUAUUAGUGCACAGCAGCUGUUGGCUCAACACCAACACACAUCUACAAAACAGGUGCCGAUAGUACAGCCUCUUGUCCAGACCACAACUCUGCCAUCAACACAGUAUCAGGUUCAACAACCUCUGCCAACACAGCUAUCUCAACAUCCUGCUGAACUAAAGCCAUUAUCGGUGAGCAUUCCACAAGUUUCAGUUCACUACUCGAUUGAAAUAGGAACUCCACCACAAAGGCAUCAGAUAUCAAUUGUGCCAAUGCAGCAUUUAGUUUUGCCAUCACCUCUUGCUGAAACUGUUCCAGAAACUGGUACCUUCACCGAGCAACGAAUACAAGUGCAAUCCAGUGGUGUCCCACAUUCAGUGCAACAAACAAUGCCAGUGCAAGUCAAUAUUCCUCAGUCGUUAAACCAACAGAACAAAGAUACUCCCUUGGCAACUAAGCAGAUCUCUACUGAUGCUCAAAGUGACAGUCAUCCUCAGCAUGAUAAACAGACAACAACAUGUGGCUGUUACGAUAAUAUAUGUUCUGAUGCUGCUUCAGGAAGAGAGAUGAGUGAUGGUUAUGAAGGAAUUCAUGCCAGUGGGAGACAGGAGAACAAAAGUUCACGAAAGCAUCAUAAGAGGUCUACACGUACUCGGUCGCGUCAGGAAAAGGCCAGUAAGCCAAAGCUGACUCUUCUUAAUGUGUCAAAUGUGGGAGAUAAGAUGGUUGAAUGCCAACUGGAAACUCACAAUCACAAAAUGGUCACCUUUAGGUUUGAUUUGGAUGGUGAUGCUCCAGAUGAAAUAGCAAGUUAUAUGGUAGAGAAUGAUUUUAUACUAGAAAUGGAGAAGGAGAUUUUCAUUGAACAGAUGAAAGAUAUAAUGGACAAAGCAGAGGAUAUGCUCACAGAAGAAACAGAUGGAGAAAGUGGCUGCAUUCAUAAUACAAAUAUACAAGAGGUUGCUGGAAAGUCUGAGUUUGAGGGCCAGAUGCCAGUAUCUCUACAAUCUCAACAGAAUGUCCUGCAUACGGGCCGAAGAUGGUUUAUUGUAUGUCCAGUUGUGGAAAAUACUGCAACAGAACGGUCAGAAUCUGCAUCAGAUGUUCAUUCAACUCAGCCACAGCCAGCUACUAAUCUCGAAGCAGAACUAGGAAUCGAUGAUGAGCAAGUUGAACCUAUAGCAUCUGCUACAAAUGAUAGUAUCACUGGUCAUCGUAAUGUAUCUCCACCUUUGGUACCGAUGCUGUCUAAUAUUAUUCAUCCAACAAAUUUAGCUGCACCAGCAACAAUGUCACCCCUUAUUUCUAUGCUGUCAAUCCAAGCAGAGGAUAAAACCCUAAAUGAAGCACAACAGAGCAGUCACCACGUAUAUACUGCUGUUUCCAAUGGAUCGGAUAUUUCACUUCAAAGCCAACUUGCAGUUCAUGAGCAUUUAGAAGUUUGUUCUGCAUCUGUGGUUCCAUUGCAGUCAGAGGAAGAACAAUCAGAUUUGGUUUAUAGCCCCCCUGUGGUUGUAGAUGUGUCAUGUUGUCCAGUUGUUCACCCUAUUCCAAUCCAACCAAUAUCUAUCCAAGCAGAGCAUAAUCUUCCUACUCAAUAUUCUGAACCUAGCCCAAUUCACAGCGUGGUCUCGGAGCACCAAUCUGUACCACCAGCCUGCAUUCCUGAUGUUACUCCACAGUCUGUUGUAAAACAGCAACCUUUUGCAAACCAGAUGCAAUCAGCUGUGUGCAUUUCUGGAGCAGUCAUUAAUACAGCAAUGGGUUCUCAGCCCCAGAGUCCUGCACAAGUAGUUCCAGGUGUUAACCAGCAAUAUGCAGCACAAGCGCAAUCUCAGUCAAUUACUUUGACUGGUAUUAUUAGCAGUCAGCAACAACUUUCUGUUGUGGUUGAAUCAGACAGUGAAGGACCACGUAAAAUUGAAUUUGUAGAUAGUACAAUAAAGACGCUGGAUGAAAAAUUACGCACUUUAUUAUAUCAAGAACCUGGUGGAAUUCUCCCUGCACAUCCUGCUGCAGAGUGUUCUGAAACUGCUGCUCUGGGAGAGGUGGGUUGCACUGAAGAACUUUAUGCUGAGCCCCUUGGUGAAGUCCUAAAUGCUGCACUUUCUGUGGCUGUUUCGGUUCACGAUGUAAAGAAUAUAGAUGCACCUGUCCAUUCUGUGUUACCAAUAACCCAAGUCCCUAUUAUGGGGUCACCACCAAGUUUGCACUCUUUGCCUGCAGAGUUGCCUGAAGAAACUUCUAAUCAAGUUGUUCUUAGGGAAGUUCUGUACCAGGAAGUGAAAGCGCCAGUAUUACCUGUAAUGGGAGACUCCAUUUUGGCUUCAACAACACUAGAGUCUGGAUCCACUGAUAUUACUAAUCAAAAGGUAGAAGUUAAAGAGUUUAUUAAAAGCUAUGUACAACCACAGACAACAGAAUUGUCCACAGGAGCAUCGAUUAUAAACAGUCAAGUUACUAUCGCUGACAUCAAUGGAACAGGCUCAUCCGACGCAAUGUUUGUUAUGUCAUCUACAGUGGAUCUUCUUCCUCUAACAAUAGACCGGUUUGAGGUUGUUCCAACAUCUCAGGACAUUGUUAACAAAAUUGAGCAUUAUGCAAAAAGUGAAGCUAAGCCAAAUGAAGCACCAGAUUCACCAGGAGGAAAUGUAUUCUGUCAAUCACUAGCAAAUGGUGAAAGUGACCAGAAGAAAGAAAAAAUGGAAAAUAAGCUGCUGUCCAUUACAAGAAUCGACACAAUUGGCAGAUUUUCAGUUAUUAGCACAAAAGAUGAAGUAACUUUAAAAUAUCCUUGUCGCAAUAGAUAUUCUGCACCUCCUGAGCUUUAUUCAAGUGCAUCUCCUACUAGCCCUGACUUGAAACCUUUGGUUACUCGAACUCAAACUUCUGUUCCGUUGGAAGUUGGGCUUCGCAGCCAUCCAUCUUCAGAUUCCGAUGAACCAUUCAGAACAAAACCAAACGUUCAACCAUCAGUUGUUUGCAAUCAGACAAGCACAGGUGGAGAAUUUCCUUUACCAAGAAAAUCAGCUGCUUUGUUAAAAACUGAGAGGCAGAGACCUGAACUUGCACAUGGUCAGGCAGCAGCUCCUCCAACCAUAACUGUUAAUUCUGCAUCUCCUUCCCAGUCAUCGUAUAUGAGCAGUGACAAUGACUCUGAAUUUGAAGAUGCUGACAUGAAAAAAGAACUACAGAUACUGCGAGAAAAACACAUGAAAGAGAUCUCAGAGCUUCAGGUUCAUCAAAGACAUGAAAUAGAGGAAUUGUAUAGACGUUUAGGAAAACCUUUACCAACAGCUUUAGGAUUCUUGCAAGCUGUGCCACCUACAGGCAGAAGACGGAGACCCAGCAAGAACAAACUAAAAGCUUGCAAGCUUCUUAAUCCAUUAGUGCAGUCACUGAAGAAUACAGCCUCCAAUUUAAGUCUUCAAACAGAUAAUUACACAACUUCUACUGCUCGAGAUGGCCCAAGAAGCUGUGAUACACCAGAGCCUACUCAAUCCCAAGAAGUGCAGACUAAACAACCCUGCUCCAUCAAGUCCUCCUUAUCCUCUGACAACGUUUAUUCAGGCUUUCUUAGCGAUGCAGCAGGUGCUGCACAAGGUGACACAGCCCAAGGCUGGACGGUUUUCCACCAAACGUCUGAGAGAGUGACCUAUAAAUCUAGUAGCAAACCUCGUACCAGAUUCCUCAGUGGACCUGUGUCUUUGUCCAUCUGGUCUACUCUGAAACGGCUAUGUCUAGGCAAAGAUCGCAGUAGGUCUUCAAGUAGCAGCAGUACAAAUCACUCAGUGCAGCAGAUUUUACAACAGCAACAACACCAGCCCCAACAUCAUCAGCCACCUCAACAACAAAAUCAAACCAAUAACAGUAACAACAAGAAGGGAACUUUUACAGAUGACCUGCAUAAGCUUGUAGAUGAUUGGACAAAGGAAACUGUUGGAGCUGCACAGUUCAAACCUUCUUUAAACCAAUUAAAGCAGCACCAGCAUAGAUUCGAUAAGGAGCCUAGGCAAAAAUCAUCCCAGCAUGAUGGAACAGCUGCCCCAGGGAUGACAAGAAAGUUCUCUGUUCCAGUGACAUGUCCUACAUCAACAGCUUUAACACCAGGAAAAUCAACAGUACCAGCAGGAUUGCCAGCUACUUCUAUCCCUGGUACAGUACCUACUUACAUGCUGCCUCUGUGCCAGUAUGGUGGCAUGAUCCCAGCACCGCUUUAUGGUGUGCAAUGGCCCGGUGUCUCAGGUCCAGCUUCACAGCCUGGGGUAUUCAGUGCUCAAGGAAUAUCCUCAUUUCCAUCUCUUAGCAAAGGAGGCAUACAGAUGUUUCCGGUACCAAUCCAAAAACCUAUUAUAAACCCAUCUGGGUCCAACGUGAGGACUACCUAGCUUUGUUGUGAAGAAUUUGAAACCAGAAGGACAUGGGGUGGAGGGAGGGAACAUUUCUGAGAACAGUUUAAUUUAACUGCUUUCUUUAUAAAGAUAAAAUUAAAUAUACUUGAUUGUAGCUGAAUACUAUUGGCAGCCAGGGUGGGCUUGCUAAUGCACAUAGCCAUACAUUGCAAUGAGCAAUCACUGUGAAAUAUUUUCACAAAGCAUUGCUGAAAGCUAGAUAGUUCUUGGGCGAUAGAUGCAUUUGUCUUGCGAUUUGGACACUUUAUAUUUUGCUUUGUACAUUUAACACUAGUAACCUUAAACUGAGUUUAAUUAACUUGAAUGGAUAUUGAGAUAAAUUUAAUAACCCUGCAGGAGUACAGUGCCUUGAAUUAUGCUUUUCAGUUUCCUCUGGAAAGAAAUAUUUAAAAGGUUUUUUAAGUUUCUGCUGUGGUCUGUUGGACAUGUUUUAGUUUAGUUAUGAAAAGCCUGAAGGUUUACAAGAUGUCUGUUACUGGUAACUUAGCUACAUGCACAUGAACAAUGAAUAUUUAUAUCUGUUGCUUUAUUGUCAUUGUCACAUGAAAGUAACUAUAUUAAUGCUGCUAGAAUUGUCUCCUUUUUUUUCAGGGACUUAAAUUCACAUACAAAACAAAUUAGCUGCUGCUCAAUCCACUUGCUUCUGUAGGGAUAACUCGAGUAAUUCUGAUUCUAAAUUCAUUAAGGAGAAAAAUAAAAGUGUGACCUUUAUCUGCUAUGUUUAAAUAUCUGCACAUAAGUUCACUCAAGUUGUGGUAUUGUUUUAGAGAAGCAUUGAACUUUAUUUAAAUUGCUGAUAUACCAACAGUAUUAACACUACACAGCAAACUGUCAUGUCUUUUAUGUUAUCUUGUGCUUUUCAAUGAUAUGAACACUUUAUUUAUGUAUGCUUAACCAUGAAUGGAUUUGGCUGGAAUGAAUAUUUAUCAGAAGGUUUGUUUGUAGCUGGGAAAGCACUGAAUGAUUUUUGUUUGUUUAGUUAAACUGUAACUUAUUCAGCAUAUAGGUUGCUUUAUUUUUGAACACAAUCUGUCUUGAUGGCUAGGGGGAUCAAAUCUUAACUUUUGUAUUGUUAAGCCUCAUGCAGAACUUGAAUUAAUAGAACACCAAGUGGAACGCUUUGGGGACAGAAAGGCAGAUGAGAGGUAAGCAAGGUAGAUGUGACACUUUACAAAGUCAGUUCCAAAAGUACACUGCUCUGAUUUCUUUCCUGCAAUAUUUUAUACGACAUGCUGAAAGGCAGAGAUGUCUUGUACUGCCAAGCUGUGAAGAAUUGUAUUGCUACUGUACUUCUAAUUGUUAAUGUCUAAAUUAUUUUGUUUAUACCCUUUAAUAUUCAUCAAUUCAGUUAGAAUUGGAAUUUUAUAGAACAUUGUGCAGAAUCUUCUGCCUUGGCAAAACACUUCCUGUAGUAAGAGAUUUCUGUUCUCUGUUAUUUGUAUCUUGCAUUUAUUUUGUUUAUAUUUAUGUCUGUAUGCUUCAUGAGCAAAAAUGG